ACUGUCCUUCAUAUCGCAAUGCAGAGAAAGGACGAAUUUCUAUAAUCUAUAUUCAUGAUUUGAUUGAUGAACGCGUCUCCUAUCAGGGAGUUCCAUAGAGCAAGCAAACCCAACGCAGUAUAGCUCAAUCGGCCGGCAAUAUGUUCACAUUCACGCCCCUUCUUGGGGCACAGUUCUUAUCAUCAAAGGCGUCGCAGUCGAUUUUGGAACUCGAUGGUGGAGUUAAGAUCUUGGUGGACGUUGGCUGGGACGAAACGUUUGACACGUUAGACCUGGUGCAGUUGGAGAAACAUAUUCCGACUCUGUCUCUCAUCCUAUUGACGCAUGCGACUCCCGAACAUAUUGGCGCCUUCGCGCAUUGUUGUAAGGUCUUUCCACUCUUUACUCAGAUCCCUGUUUACGCCACGGGGCCCGUCAUCGCAUUUGGACGCACUCUCCUGCAGGACAUGUAUGCUUCCGCACCGCUUGCUGCGACAUUUUUGCCGAAAGCAUCGAUUUCAGAGCCUGGAGGGUCUACGUCCGCCGCGUCCGCUGCAGCAUCUGUGGUCGGGGCGGAGGGAAGCACGGAGGGUGGAAAUUCUGGGCGUAUUCUACUUCAACCUCCCACAGCAGAAGAGAUAGCAAGGUACUUCUCCUUGAUUCACCCACUCAAGUACUCGCAACCGCACCAGCCUCUUCCCUCGCCGUUCUCGCCACCUUUGAAUGGACUUACACUCACUGCAUACAACGCUGGGCAUACAGUCGGAGGGACAAUAUGGCAUAUACAACAUGGAAUGGAGUCGAUCGUGUACGCGGUCGAUUGGAACCAGGCUCGCGAGAGUGUGGUAGCCGGUGCCGCGUGGUUUGGCGGCUCUGGAGCCAGUGGGACGGAGGUCAUAGAGCAACUGCGUAAGCCCACAGCAUUGGUGUGCAGUACUACGGGAGGUGACAAAUUUGCACUUCCUGGGGGACGGAAAAAGCGCGAUGAUCUGCUUCUAGAUAUGAUUCGGAGUAGCCUUGCGAAAGGUGGCUCUGUUCUUAUCCCUACUGAUACAAGUGCGCGCGUUCUCGAGAUGGCGUACGCGCUCGAACAUGCGUGGCGUGAUGCGGCAGAGGAUAGUGACGGCGACAAUAUGCUCAAGGAGGUUGGGCUAUAUUUGGCCGAUCGCAAGGCCAAUACAACAAUGAGACUAGCUAGAAGUAUGCUGGAGUGGAUGGAUGAGAAUAUCGCCCGUGAGUUUGAAGCAGCCGAGGGUGUGGAUGCAGCUGCUACCCAGGCUCAAACUAAAUCCGAUACCCAGAGAAGCGGAGGAGCACAGAAGAGCCAAGCAACAAAAGCUGCCGGUCCUUUCACUUUUAAGCACCUGAAAAUAGUCGAGAAGAGAAAGAGCCUCGAGAAAAUAUUGGCAGAUCAGAAGCCCAAGGUUAUUCUUGCAUCUGAUUCCUCCUUGGACUGGGGAUUUGCGAAGGAGUCUCUUCGAGUGUUAGGGGAAGGCCCAAACAAUCUAUUGCUGCUUACCGAGUCUCUUCACGGAGUAAAGGUUCCCGAAGAUGCGCAAGUAUCCAAGCGGAUGACUCUUGGCCAUAUGAUAUGGCAGUGGUACGAAGAGCGAAAGGAUGGUGUGGCGUUGGAGAAAGCUUCGGACGGCGAGUUACUCGAGCAGGUGCAUGGUGGUGGACGCGAACUUUCGUGGAUGGAUGUGCAACGUGCACCUCUUGACUCUGGAGAACAGUUGCUCUACCAACAAUAUCUUGCUACCAAGAGGCAGCUCGACAACACAACCCAGGCCAGAGGACAGGAGGGACUCGACAAUACGGCUGAUGCACUCGAUGAUCGUUCCAGCUCAACGACGUCCGAAGAUUCAGAGUCUGAGCAGCAGGGAAGAGUUCUUAAUUUCUCGACUUCGCUAGCCCAUUCUAAUCGGAACAAACUUGGCCUUAGUGAUGAGGAUCUUGGCGUUAACGUUCUUCUGCGACGAAAGAAUGUCCAUGACUACGAUGUCAGGGGAAAGAGAGGUCGUGAGCGAAUGUUCCCGUAUGUGGCUCCCAGGAAGCGUGGGGAUGAGUAUGGUGAAUUUAUUCGCCCCGAAGAGUACCUACGUGCGGAGGAACGUGAGGAGAUUGAAAUGCAACAACGUAGAUCCGAAGCCCAGACAAAGCUUGGUCAAAAGCGGCGGUGGGAUGAAUCUGCACCAAAUGGGCGGAGGCUUUCUGGCGAUAAAUCAAAACGGCGACAGCUCUCUCGAGAUGGACAGGACGCAACGAGCGCGGUGGAUGACCUGAGUCUUGCGGACGAUGCGGAUGCUGCUUCUUCUGAGGAUGAUGAUGCGGACGGACACUCCUUUGAGGGACCUUCCAAGGUCGUCUACACCAAGUCGACAAUCACCGUGAAUGCCCGAAUAGCAUUUGUCGAUUUUAUGGGCCUCCACGAUAAGCGAAGUUUGGAGAUGCUUAUCCCACUCAUCCAGCCGCGAAAGUUGAUCCUCCUUGGCGGAAUGAAGGAGGUCACCACUACACUUGCAUCCGAGUGCAAGAAACUUCUAGCAGCAAAAGCUGGAGUUGACAUUUCCUCAGCGGAUGCAGCAGUCAUCUUCACACCGGCCAACGGAGAGGUGGUGGAUGCUAGUGUCGACACCAACGCCUGGAUGGUCAAAUUGAGCAAUGGCUUGGUCAGGAGGCUCAAAUGGCAGCACGUCCGCAAUUUAGGUGUCGUGGCUCUAACAGCACAGCUAAGAGGGCCUGAAUUGACUCCUCCUGAGGACGAGAGCUCGUCCGAAUCGGCCAACAAAAAGCAGAAACUCCUAAAGGAGGAAUCGAGUUCCGCUCUUUCCACGUCCACAGCAGACGGGGUGAAACCAUCUGCUGACAAAUCGGACGUUUUCCCUAUGCUCGACGUUCUACCUGCCAACAUGGCUGCAGGCACCAGAUCGAUGGCUCGACCCCUUCACGUCGGUGAUAUGAGAUUGGCUGAUCUCCGCAAGAUCAUGCAGACAGCCGGCCACAAGGCAGAAUUCCGGGGCGAGGGUACAUUGCUUAUCGAUGGGCUGGUGGCAGUGAGGAAAUCUGGGACCGGGAAAAUCGAGAUCGAAGCUACCGCCCAGACAGCGGCGAGCAACGUGUUGAACGCUGCGGGAGGAGCAGGGAGCUUUCUUGCCGUCAAAAGAAAGAUCUACGAAGGCCUUGCUGUUGUCGCGGGGACUUAGCAAGGAGAGUAGCUUGCAAAUAGGAUGGUUAGUCCCCGGCUUUUACGUGUUCAAUUCAGGUGCGGAAUGUGGUGUGUACAUUAUCCAGGGAUAUUCUGGGAUAUUUUGCGACUUCUUUGCAUCUGCAUAGAUAUGUAUUAUUUUAUGUUCGUCGGGCUUCGAGCAUCAGACUGUUAGUUUAGUCUAUUUAACUCUCAUCGCUGCCUUCAAUACACAUCCUCCAUCGCGCAUUGCAUCAAUGCAGCUUAGACAGGGAUCACAUGUAAGUGGCUUGACUGCUAGUUGGCUGUUCUAACAUGCAUGAUAAC